AUGGCACGAUCAUUCACUGCCAGACAGAGAAGGAAUCCAUUCGCCAAAGGCCGUGGAAGAGGGUAUUUUGCGCGAAGAUCUCGUGGAAACGCAGCCUCUAGCCAAAAUACCCAGUGCAUUUCAUCACGACCAACUUACUCCAGAGCCACUUCUGUUGCUACCAGCAGAAAUGCUCAGAAUGAAAGUCUUCCUUCAAAUGCAUUGCCGCAAAGUGAGAUCACUGCCCGGGAGGAGCGAUUGGAAGAUGAUGACGAGGAACCUUGCAAGGUCGUCAUGGCCAUAGAUAUGAAGGACCGAGGAAUGAUCGGUUGCAGUUACUAUUCUGCCCUGGAAGAAAAAUUAUACGUUAUGGAGGACAUCGUCCAUGGCGAACCUGAUGUUAUUGACAUCUUAAAACUUGAAAUCGAACCUACAGUGCUGCUAAUAUCUCUACGAGCUGAUCAAGUGCUAGAAGAUCCUACAAAUGCAGGAAACGCAAGCCGGGCUACCUCUGAUGUCGACUCACAUCUCCAGCUACCAUACCAGCUAGAUGUGCGUCCAACCCAGGAGUUUGGGUUUGAAAGCGCAAAGAUCAAACUCUCGUCUCUUAAACUCAGCCCCGAGCCCAAUACAGCUUUUAGGUUUCUUAUUCCAGGAACCAGUUUCUCUCACGACGGCGAUGUUACAGGAGAAACUAUUGACUUCACAGAACAACAGGGGUAUUUAUUAAAUAUUAGCGGGGUUAUUGACAUGGAAAACUGCAUUUCUGUUGGCUGUGCCGGCGCGAUUCUCACGUACUUGCAAAGGAAGCGGGCUACUAUUUCUUUGCGAUACGGCUCAUUAUCUUCCGCAGCAAUUGGUAUCAAGUCUCUUGGGAUGAUUAGCCUGCAAAAAACAAUGCUUAUCAACAAAGAUACGUUAGCAUCCCUUCAAAUACUGCAGUCUGAAUCCCAUCCAAAUGCUUUCAAUCAGGGCCCUGGCAAAACCUCAUCUGGGUCCAAGGAGGCCUUAUCUAUCUACGGCCUCUUUCACCAUUUUGCAAGGACACCCCAAGGGAAGCGCUUGCUAAAACAAUGUUUUCUCCGUCCAAGCAUUGAUCCCUCUACAAUUAGCCAAAGACACGAAUUCAUCAAUGUCUUCUUACGCCCAGAGAAUAAUUCCCCCCUCAAUCAACUCAUCAAGAGCUUGAAAAAUAUCAAGAACCUGAGACCAGUGAUGAUUCAUCUGCGAAAGGGCAUUAGUACUGGAAGUGCAAAAUUCCGAGGAUUUAAGGGAGUAGUCUGGUCUAGCCUACUUGACUUUGCGUUUCAUGCUAUUGAUGUGAACCAAGCUUUACAGGAGGUUACUGGAGUUCAGACAUUAGAUGUUUGCUCAAAGGCAUUACUCAAGCUUGAUCUAGCUCAGCUGCACCAGAUUGGGAGCAAAAUCCAUGAGAUAGUUGAUCUUUCACUUUCUAUCGAAGAGCGUCGCACAGUGGUUCGACCAGGAAUCGAUCAAGAUCUUGACAAGCUAAAAGAGACAUAUAGUGGUAUGGAUGAUUUACUUAACCAGGUAGCUAUCAAUAUUGCUACAUCCCUUCCGGAAGGAAUAAAUAAAGAAAUAAAUGUCGUUUACUUCCCACAACUUGGUUUCAAUAUUGCUAUGCCUUUCGAUGAUAGGGGUAGGCCAAUGUAUGGCUCCAACGAUGAGGACUGGACUCAGGUAUUCAACACAGAAAAUAGAGCUUAUUUUAAAGACUCUAGGAUGCGUGAAAUGGAUGAGAAGCUAGGAGAUAUAUAUGGCUUGAUAUGUGAGAAGGAAAUAGAAAUCGUUUAUCAGCUGGCACAGGAUAUCUUAACGUACGAGCACAUGCUUGUUGAGGCAUCGGACAUAUGUGGAGAGAUUGACAGCCUUCUCGCUCUGGUCCAGGGUGCUAGUUUACACAAGCUGGUACGACCUCGCAUGACCGAUGAAAAUAUCAUCUCUAUUAAGGGUGGCCGUCAUAUGCUCCACGAAGCUACAGUAUCAUCCUUUGUACCCAACAAUACAUUUAUUGUAGGGGGGAAAGGAGCCGCGGAGAAUACCCCUGAUGAUAUUCCCUCUAAUGCUGAGCCAGUUCCCACUAGAGGAACAACUCAGGGUCCAAGUAUGCUCUUAUUGACUGGCCCAAACUUCUCAGGGAAGAGUGUCUAUCUCAGCCAGGCUGCUAUCAUCGUUUAUAUGGCUCACAUUGGAAGCUUCGUCCCUGCGGAUAGCGCUCUAAUUGGCUAUACCGACAGGAUAUUAACUAGGGUAUCAACACGAGAAACGGUUUCAAAGGUCCAAAGUACGUUUGCAAAUGACUUACAACAAGUAUCAUUCGCUCUGAGUCAAGCUACCCAUAGAAGCUUGAUAAUUAUUGAUGAGUUCGGGAAGGGGACUGAAUCAUCAGACGGUGCAGGGCUGGCCUGCGGGUUGUUUGAAUAUGUCUUAAGCCUGGGAGAUCGGCGCCCAAAGGUGAUUGCAGCUACCCAUUUCCACGAGAUAUUCGAAAAUGGAUUCCUCAAACCACGGCCGGAGCUGGAAUUUGGUCACAUGGAAGUUCAAGUCAAUAGCUCCGCUCAACACGUCGAGGACCAAAUUAUAUACCUCUAUAAUUUCCGGCUGGGACGAAGUAGCUCAAGCUUUGGAACCAACUGUGCUGCAAUGGCAGGCAUUGACCCAGCAAUUAUAUCUCGAGCACAGGGAAUAGAAAGGUUGCUACAUCGAAAGGAAGACUUAGUGGCCAUCUGCGCAAGAAUGACGGCGAGAGAGGUAGGGGAGCUUGAACGGGCGGAGCGUUUGGCAAGGAGGUUUCUCGAAGCUGACUUUUCAAAUACUCAUUCUGGUGAAGAAGAGCCAACAAAUCGCGUCAGGUCUCUGCUAGAGGAGAUGAUAGGGAGUGAAGUGGAUGAAGUCUCCCACACCAUAGAGUCAGAGGAAAACAUGGAGAAUAGCCCAACCCCAACUGCACAUUCCCCGUCUCUCCUUUCACCUUAA